GGGAGAGGUGACUCUCCCCACUGUCAGCUGUACCAGGGAGCAUACUCAAUAAUCUUUGUCUUCCAUUUACUUAUGUUAAUAUUUAGAUUGCUGGUUCAUCCUGCUGUGUUGUUUAGUUGUAUAAGUGUACACAUUGAAAGCAGUUGUUAAAUUUUUUCCCAUAAAGUCUUCAUUUUUGUUUCAGUGUUUCAAAUGAAAUUCCUGAAAAAGGUGCUACUGAGCUGAAGUAUCAUCACCACCAUCGUCGGGGAAACGUCGCUCUAUAUUGUAUGCUAUUUCUAGAUUGAAACAAAUGAAAAUGGCUCGACAAGAAAUGCAUCUUGAAUCCAAUGUUUCUUGUGAUAAUAUUGAUAUUACACCUCCCUUAGCAAAUACACAAUCAGGUAACACCAGUGAUAACAAUACAGUAGAAUUGGAUCACACUAACAAUUCAACUCAAUUAAUAACAGUCAUUAAUAAUGACUUAUCAAAACAAUCAAUUCAUAUUGAUUUCAAUUCUGAUAUUUGUUCUUAUACUUCUUUAUCAUCACAAUCAAAUCCUUUACAAUCAUAUAAUUUAUUAUCUGAUAAUAAUACUACUAAUAUUACUGAUAGUAGUACUAUUCGUCAGAUAUUGUCACCAAAAGAAUCUUCUUCACUUUUAAAUAUUACAUCUACUACUACUACUACUACUACUACUACUACUACUACUACUACUACUACUACUACUAAUAAUAAUAAUAAUAAUAAUAAUAAUAAUAAUAACAAUAUAAUACAUCAUGAUGCUAAUAUUGAUUCUAUUCGAGUUUGGAAUAAUUCAUCAAAAAUAUUUACACAAUGUCUAUCAGAUAGUGAAUCCGAUGAAUAUAUAGACUUAGAUACUGUUGAUGAUAUAACAUGGUCUAUAAAGGAUAAUAAUAAAAAUAAGAAGAAUAAUAUAAAGAAUAAGAAAAAAAAGAAGGAAUCAAUAAUUAUGAAUGAUCAUCCUUCUGAAUUAACAAUAAUAAUAAAUAAUAAUAAUCCUACCAUAAAACAGAUCCCUCAAUUAUCGAAUAAUGAAAGUAUACGGAAUGAUUCUAUACAGUUAAAUGAAUCUAUCUCUUCGCAUGAAACUAGUUCAUUACAUAGCAAUAUCAUUAAUAGUAAUAAUAAUAAUAAUAAUAAUAAUAAUAAUAGUAAAAUUAUGGAAUCAGAUGAUUAUUGUUGGAUAUGUCAUAAACCUGGUGAAGUUGUUAUAUGUAGUUAUUGUCCAAGAGUGUUUCAUGCAACUUGUUUAUGUGCAACAGAUUUUCCAGAUGUAUGGCUUUGUCCUGAAUGUCAAGAUGUUAUGUUAGCUGAAUGUUCAUUGUAUCAAUUAGAAUCAUGGUGUAAUAUUACCGAAGAUCAAUUGAAACGAAUGUUAUUCUUUCUUUUGGAUCGAUUAUCUAGACAAUCUUGGGCACGAUAUUUUCGUGAACCAGUAGAUUCAACAAUGGUUAAAAACUAUAAAGAAUUAAUAAAGUAUCCAAUUGAUUUACGUACUUUAUAUACUCGUGUUAAAUCAGGUCAGUACGCUUCACCUCAAGCUUUUCUUGGAGAUUUCCGAUGGAUACUUCAUAAUUGUAUCAUAUUUAAUGGUGCCAGUUCUUCUAUUACAUCAUCUGCACGUCUUCUUGAUCGUACAUUUCAUCGUGAGUUUAAUUUGAUGCGUGCUUGUCCAACAUGUUAUCUUAAUCGUAUACCAGCAAUUCAUUUAUUACCAUCGACAACUAGAAAACUACCUCCAUUAACUGAAAAUGAACCUGAAUCUUAUUUAACUGUAGCUUCAGUACAAUCAUCAUUGUUAUUACCAAACGAAUCAAAUGCGAUCAUUGAAAAUGAUAGUAUCAGCGUUGUCUAUGGUGUUAACGAUGAAUGCAACAAUAAUACUCCUACUAAUACUACUAGUAAUAAUAACGAAUCCAAAAGUUCGUCAUUAUCAUCAUCGGUAUCUACAUUAGAUCCUUGGUGGUUUUGUAAAUUAUGUGAUGUGAUUCAUCCGAUUGUCUGGGUACGUCUUCAAAAUUAUCCACGUUGGCCAGCCAAAGUAAUUGCACAUGAUGGUAACUUUCUUCUUGUCUCAUUUUUUGGUGAUUAUGAUGUGACUAUUGCACCGAUUGGUUCCGCUAAACUUCAUUCAUCUAGUCAAUCAAAAAGUUUGUCAAAACUAUCUACCAUCACUAUAGAUUCUAUAAAUAAUAAUAAUAAUAUUGACAAGGAAAGUAAAUCUGAUUGUAGUGGUACCAAAUCCAUUACUUCUAUUGAUAAUAAUGAUAUUUCUAAUGAAUCUAGUGUAACUUCUCAAUCUUCCAAGACAAUUUCAUCAUUAUUACCUUCAACAUUAACAACAACAACAACAACAAUGGAUCCUAUGGUUAAAGAGAAUUUUCAUAAAGCUGUUGCAGAAUUAAAUUAUCAUCUAAAUUUAAUUUAUCAACGUUAUCCUAAAUUUAAACUACCUAUUAGUCAAUUGAGAUUUACUAAACGUCAUGUUAAAAAAUACUAUGGUCCAUUCAUUGAAACUCCUUCUCCUACUUCUUCUACAUCUGAAACAACAAUAAAUCUCAUUAAUGAUACUAAUUCUAUCAUUGAUAUGAAUCAUACUGUAAAUACAACACAAGUGAUUUGUAAUACAACUUCUCAUAGUAUCAAUACAAUCCCUUCAACAAAUGUUAAUAUUACAACUAAUGAAAAAAUAGAUAAUACAAUUAAAUCAAAUCGUAUACCUUCUACAAAUGAUGUAUAUCGUGAACCAGUUUUAACACGUGUUGCUGCUAGUCUACGUAAUUCACCUAUUAUUACAUCAGAAUCAACAACAACAUCAUCAUCAACAGUCUUACAAACUUUAUGUCAACCAAUGAUUGAUGUAAAUCCUAUGAAACGUAAAUAUAAUGAUACAUCUUCAUCAUCAACAAUAACUAUGGAAUUAGAAAGUAUUAGCUCGGAAGAUAUUCAUGAUACAAUAGAUUAUAAUAAGAAAAAACGUAAAAAGAGUAAACAUCAUCAUUUGAAAAAAAUCACUUUAAAACCAUUAUUAACUGAACAUAAAACAACAACUAUCAUUACCAAUUUGGCCAAUAAUGAUGAGAUCAAUAGUAAAGAUAAUAAUAAUAAUAAUAUGAGCAAUGACAAUACGGUUGUUAUCGAAGAGAAUUCAUUACCCAUUGAAAAUGAUAGUGAACCUAUAGUUCCGUUAACAACAGAUGAAAUACAAUCUGUCUCUGAUAGUAUGAUACCUUCUACUUCAAACACAUCAAACAAUGUACAUACGAUAUUGGAUGAUUUUCGAAAUUCUGUUAAUGAAGCUUUACAAAAAUUACAGGAACAGUUAGCUCCUACAAUAAAUGCUACAGACAAGAUUGGUGUUUAUCCAUUGACUAAUUCAGAACUACCAAAUUUACAUCCAAUUUGUUGUGAUGUUGCGAUACAAACUGAUAAUGAUAUCCAUCUAUUAGAUGAUAGCAAAUCAUUGAAAACUAUAAAUGUGAUCAACGAUACAAAAUCAGUUCAAACCGAUAUAAUGGAAGUAUCUACAGAUCUUUCUAUAUUAAAUGAUUAUAGACCACCAACAUUACAAGAACGUAUGAUGGAAGCAGAAAUUCUUCGUAUGGAACAAGAAGUUCAACGUUUAAAUGUAUUAGUUAGAUAUACACGUGCUGAAAUGGGAUUAGAAAUGCAACGUCGUAUAGGUGAAUUACGUAGAAUAUGGAAUGAUGAACUUAUUGCUAUUAUGGAAGCUGCUAGUAGAAUAUGGGAAUAUGAUGUGAUAAGAAUUGUUGAUAUUGUAAAACGUCGUCAAUGGUGUGCAUAUUGUGGACGUAUAGCCUAUUAUUAUUGUUGUUGGAAUACAUCGUAUUGCAAUAGUACUUGCCAGUCGAAACAUUGGCCUUUUCAUAUGACUUCUUGUGUACAAGUUAAAAGUCAAUUGAAUAAUAAUAAGAAUAAGAAUAAUUUAAAUGGUUCUAUACGUCAUCAUUCUCAAUCCCCCAACAUAACCAAUUCAUCUAAUAUCACUGAUCAACCACAUUUCUCUUUAACACAACCAUCGAUUCUUCAACAUAUUCCACAAAAUCCUCCUCCUCCUCAUCAUCAUCACCACCAUCACCAACAACAACAACGAGUGAUUUUACCGAUUACAUCAACUCCAUCAAUUGGUAUGUAUCAAUUAAACAAUGAUGGUACUUUAUUAACUACUAGUAAUACUUUAUUUCAACGUUCAUUAUCAUCAUCUUGUGUUUUACAAUCUCAACCAUUUAAGAAUUGAUUCUUUUUUUUUAUUAUGUGUUGGUUUUUUACUGAAUCUCAAUUGUUGUUUUUUAUUUUUCUUAUGUGUAAGUAGUUACAUUUUAUAAUACUUUGUAUUAAUUUUACUGUAUAUUGAACAAAGUUUAUCUGAUGUAAGUAAAGUGUGACAUUUUUUUCUGUAGUAUAUCGUGUCUAAAGGUAACUGGAGAGAGUGUAUCGUAGAAGAAAUCUUUAACUUCGAGUAUAUAAUCUUCUAGUUUGAGCAGAGAUGAAUAGUUAGCUGUAUGUAUCUACAUUUUAGAGUUGAUGUUCACUGUGAAAUUCAAGCCUGGUAACGUUCGCUUGAAACGCUAUUUCGUUAUCGACUUAUCUACUGACUCCUGAUAGCCACUAGCUUGUGCAAUGGGAUGAAGUGUAAAUUCAUUUUUAUAUGGGUUGUUUGAAUCUUACCAUUGAUAUUUAGGACUACAGUUGAUCAGUCUUAUGUUGGCAUAUAUACAUCCCUCAGUAUCAAGGCUAUCCGCCCCCAAAUGCCCUGGUAUGGCUGAGAGUGGGGUGGGCCCUCCCUCCCUCUCGUAAUGCUCUCACACGGCCACGCGUAUACAGUCUCUGCAAGGGAAGUCCUACUCACUGCCUUCUCCUACCAGGGGUGUUGUUUACGAAAUUGAGAGGACGAAAAGCGAAUGUUCGGCGCUUUAACCGGAUUCCAAACCAAUGGUGCACAUGGGUUCCAGUAACCUACGGGGAAAAAUGGCAUAUGAACCAAUCGUUGGUCACCGGCUACCAUGGGACUGCAUCUCCUUACGUUGCUCCACUGCCUUGUGGAUCAAACCUUCAGGCCGAAGGUUUUGGGUGUGACCCCCUAAGAAAACCACCUGCUUCGGUUUGGUCACCCGGUCACUAUCACAGCCCUCACACAAAUCAAGUGACUAGUGUGGUGCAUAUGUAUUUGGUGCCUUCUUGUACCAAUGUUUAUGUGUUUAAAUAAAUAAUCAAGGCUAUCCACGCAGGAUGCACAUAUACUAACAAGAGACUGUUCAAUUACAAUCCUAAAUUUCAAUGGGAAGAUUCAAACAACCAAUACAAAAGUGAAUUUUCUAUUUUACUGUAUGAUAUUAUAUCAGUUAGUUCAAUCUCAUCUAACUAAUUGACAAUCCACAUUCUUAAUUACACAAGGUUCAAUUAAUCCAGUCGAAGUUGAACGUACUUUUGCAUACAAAUCAUGUGUUUGAGAGAAUGAAAAUUGAUGUGUAGUUAUCAUUCUACAUUCUUAGAACUAGUGUUAUAAUCAUUUGUCUAUGAAAUGUCAUUUGAACAACUCUCCAAUGCAUGUAAGGAUCUGUAUAGCAUUAAUACAGAGAGUCAUUUGACACAUCUCGUAUAGUAACUAAGAGACCUAAUAAUCUUGAGACUAGAUAGUGCCCGCAGUGUCGAGUCACCUAGACUGGUGGCCAUAUUGCAACAUGGCCGAUAGUAUUCGAUCUGCACUAAUAAGGACUAGACACGCAUGACAUUGAUCGCCACCCAGUGACCAAUCAAUUAUGACCUAAUAAUCUUCCAUAUUUAGUAACUUUCUCUAGGAACAAUAUUUUUGACUACUGGAUAUGCUAAGUAAUUCGAAAUGAUUAAUUUAAAUUUAAGUUCAUUAUAAAGUGUAUGUAUAAAUACAUGGCGUUUCUAAGUCUCGCAUUGUACAUACAUGGGCGAACUGAAUACCAUCCUUGUACUGAAACUUUAAGUACGGUGGGAAGAUGUUUAAACUGAUGGAUUAAUGGUUAAAAGUUGAUCAUUUUGACGUGUGAGACAGUUUCCUAUUUCUGGCUCACUGUGCUUGAAUGUAAGAUAAUUGUUUUGGUUUGAUAACUAUUGCCAUUAUCACAAUUCUCUUCCUGAGCUUAGACGAAACGUGAAACCGCAACGAUGUAACGGAAAAAAAAUUGAAAGUAAGAAAAAGUAAAGACAGUAAAUGAAGCUCUCCUAGAACCUUCUCGUAUGGUAGUAUGCUGUGUAUCUUGAUGCCUUUCGAAAUGAUUGGAACUUAGUUAUACUCUACAUGUGUCUGUUCUCCAGCUAGUUGAUUCAACAUCUUACUUACUUACUAUACUUACGUCUGUUACUCCCAAUAGAGCAUAAGCCACCGACUAGCAUUCUCCAACCCACUCUGUCCUGGGCCUUCUUUUCUAGUUCCAUCCAAUUCUUGUUCAUUUUUCUCAUGUCUAUUUCCAUUUCCCGGCGUAAUGUGUUCUUUGGUCUUCCUCUUUUCCUUUGGCCUUCAGGAUUCCAUGUGAGUGCUUGUCUUGUGACGCAGUUGGAUGCUUUCCUCAAUAUGUGUCCUAUCCACUUCCAACGCUUCUUCCUGUUUUCUUCCUCCGAUGGGAUCUUGUUUGUUCUCUCUCACAGUAGUUUGUUGCUGUUGUAUCUUCUAGAUGAUGACUUUCGUAGUUCUCAAAGUUUCCGCCCCAUACAGUAUAACUGUCUUGACAUUUGUACUGAAAAUUCUAACUUUGGUGUUGAUUGACAGUUGUUUUGAGUUCCGUAUGUUCUUCAAGUGUAGGAAUGUUGUCCUUUCUUUGUCCAUCCGCGCCUUAACAUCUACAUCAGAUCCACUGUGCUCAUCAAUGAUGCUGCCCAUAUAUGUAAAGGUUUUUACAUCCUCCAAAUCUUCGCCAAAUGUGAUUUGAUUGGUGCAUUUGUGGUGUAUCGAAGAAUCUUACUUUUCCCUUUGUGUAUGUUGAGACCUACUGCUUAUGAGGCUGAUGUUACACUGAUCAUCUUCUCCUGUAUUUAUUGAUGCAUGUAUGAUAGAAAAGCUAGUUCAUCAUCUUCGCCUGGAGCCCUUUUGAGACUACUGCGCCGGUCUCAAGUCCCAGAUAAAGGAAGAGGUUUGGGCAUGGGUUUAGCGAUCUCAUCCCCUAAAAAAAUAAUCCAAACACCUAUUUCAUAUGUUUAUAUGUAUAUUUCUAAAACACGACUAGGUUGGAAAUGCAUAGAAAGAAUCGUAAGUUUCAUAUUGAUCGAUUAUCAGAUAUAGAUAUAUCCAUCAACGAAUGGAAACAUACUACAAUACUUUAUUUGUCAUUCAUUAUUUAGGUGUAUACACUCUUUGUCUUUCCUUAAACUUUCUUUCUGUACUAUAUCCUUACAUAAAAUCUUUCCUUUAUAUAUUACAUCAUUGAGUUAACUAUUAUUUCUAUGAAUUCAGUGUUCAUCUUGUUGUGCUAAUGAAUGAACUGUAAUAACUUGGAUCGAUACAUAUAUAUGCCUGGUCCUACAUUGUAAAUAACUGACUGAUUUAAUGCUUAUUCCAAUUGUAAAUGUUUGUUUUUUAUAUUGUUAUUCUAUUUAUUUUUAACAAUCAUAUUCUUGUUUUGUGGAAUCCAGGACGCGUGUUUCGUCCUAUUUGGGACUCGUCAGCUUUGCUUAUAAUGCUUGUAAAUUUAUUUUUUAUUAUUAUCAGCUUUAUUCAAUAUUAUAUUUUUUGGUACAAUAUAGAAUUCUCAGAGUAAAGCAUUUCAACAAGU